UGCCAGACCUGCCACGUGCUAGCGAUAAGAAGAAGAGCCAGCAGAAGAAGAAGAGAAAUGGGUGGAAAGACAAAACAAGCGCCGCGCACCAAAAAUAAUGCAAAGCCCUCGAGCAGCAGCCGCACUGCCGAGCUUCUGGGCAGCUCGACGCCGAUUUUCGUGGGCUUCUCGGCGCAGACAGACGGCGGUGGCCUGGUGCCAUUUGCUCCGGGAUUCGCCAGUGCCGAACAAAUGCCGGAUAGCUUUGACGCCACCAUCAGUCCACAAACGCAGAUUAUCCUGCGGAAGUUGUCAAAGAAAGACCCAAUGACCAAGAAAAAGGCCCUGCAGGAGCUGCAAGAACUGAUCGAACAGUCGGACGUAGAGGCUCUUAAGAACAUCCUGCCGCUGUGGCCCAAGUACUACUUGAAUCUGGCCAGCGACCCAGAGCACAAUGUGCGGGAACUGACACAGACGGUGCUGCAACUGCUCAUGGCGAAGUGCAAAAAGGCGAUGGCUCCGUACCUAAAGCUGCUGGUUCCCGUUUGGCUGGGCAGCCGUUUCGAUACCUAUGCUCCGGCAGCCAGCAUCGCUGGUCAAUCCUUUCGAGACACUUUCGCUGGAAACGCCAACAAGACCAGAGAAGUCUGCCUGCACUGUCAGGUGGAAAUUCUGGAGUACGCUACUCGGAAUCUGACCUUCCACACAGCCGCUACUCUGUCAAUCGGGAAAAGUCUUACUCCGGAGGAGGCGGAACAGAAGUAUCAGCGCGUAGUUAUCAGCAGUCUUAAGUUGUUAUCCCUCUUUAUGGAGGAAACCGCGCAGACGGAGGAACUCACACAGGUCAAGGAGGGAUUCGUCACCUUAGUGGGGCACCAGAAGUUCUGGAGCUUCGCCAAGCACAAAGUGCCGCCUAUAAAGGCAGCUUGGUUUGAGUGUAUUUAUCACGUCCUGCAAUCGGUUCCGCUUUUGGAAGUAAUCGCAACUCAGAAGUCGCAGCUGACCACCCUUUGCUUUCAGUUUAUAGACGACGCUGAUCCCGUGGUGGCUCCUCACAUAUGGGGAUGCGUUUUACUAUUACAAAGUAACUACGAAGAUUGGUUUGUUCCCCUUAACAUACGCAAAGCUCUUCUUCCAAAACUAUCGUCCCUACUCCGCAAUGGUUUCAAUCGCAACGCUCAGGCCAUCUGCCCGAAUCUGUUGCCAUUUCUCUCAAAAAUCACACAAGCCUCCUUGCAAGACCUUGACAUCUACGAGUUCUAUCAGCGCUUCUUCGAUGACAUGAAGUUGGCAGUCACUGAAAAAUUCGAUCCGCCAUUACCCAAGUCCGAUUGUACUGUGAUUCACAAUGCCUAUUUCGAGUGUCUUCGCUUUCUGCUGCAGCAAAUUAACAACAAAAAGGAUAGAGAACAAAAAGAGGAGGAGUUCGCCAUUAGGUUACUCCAGAGCAACGUUCUGGAACCUAUUGGAUGGCUGCUCAAGAGUGAUAGUGCCCAUGUAAAAAUCUUUUUCCAGCAUAGUUCUGCACUAGUGGCUUUUUGGGAUCGGCAGAUUAACAAUAGGUCGGAUAAUGGUGGACUGUAUGCCAAAUUGAUGAAUCUAUUCUGGACACGAAUCUUUGAGCUGGUCACUAACGAUCUGGCUGCCGAAGAAGUAAACGAGCAGCUACUAUCACAUGUCUUGCUUUUAGUCCAGGAUCUGCACAUGGCCAAUCCUAGCCUGGAGUCUCCGAGUGUAAAGUUUGUGGAAGAUGCAAAGGUGGAAAAGAGCGAACCAUCGACGCCAGUUAAAAAGGCUCAAGAAGCUGCGGCCUUUAUACAAAAAGAGCUUAAACAUUUAGUUGUGAAGUUGGUGAGAAUCUGUCUGGACAAGGCUAAGAUCAGUGGCGGUGGCAAUUCAUCCUCUCGUUACAUUGAGCAAAUUCGUAUUCUAACAAAAAUGUUUACCGAUGCCGCGUUCUACAAGAGUCUAACUGAUGACGGAGAUCUAGGAGGAACUCUUAAUAAAUUUGUUUUCCUUCUGGUCCAAUUGAACGACGAUGCUUGCGAAUCUGUUGUGGAGAUCGUUUUUGAAAUUCUCCCGCUGUUGGAGGCGGAUCAACGCUUUGAAUACAUUAAAAACACCCUCCUAAAGCUACCCCAGCAUGCCGUGCAAAAUCUUCUACUCCAUCGUCUUCUAUCUUAUCCCCUGUGCACCGAACCCGCUGUGCGACAAAUGCUCAGUGGGCCCGAUACUUGUGGCGUGAUUGCGCGAAUAGCUGAGGAGGUUGUGGUGGACAAUGAUCGAGAAAAGCUGAACUUGCUUCAUAAGUGCUUCUUUCAAACGGAUACGGGAGACAUACUCAUUAAUGCUGAAACUGUGGAUAAAAUACUGCUGGCCAUGUGUGGGCCUCUGGAACAGCCGGUUGUCGAUGACACCGUAGAAGUAUGUGGCAGUUUUAUUGCCCAGAUAAUGCCUGUGAUAUGCAGCAGCGCCAAUUCUUCGUUGAAAGUGCGCCAGCAAAUCUUCCUAAAGCUGUUCAAAUUCAGUUUGGAGCAUAGGCCAGAAGACUAUUUGUCGGAAGAUACUUUGUGGGAAAUUACCACAUGCUGGCAAGAUGCCCUUUCUAGUAAAGACAUAGAAAUAAAUGAUGACCUCCUGGAGUGCUGUGCAAAAAUUGUUGAGGAUUUGGCUAGCACGUCAGAACUUAAAGCGGAUAAUCUGGACGGUAUGGCAGAGGCGAUGGCCAAGUUUGUCAUUUGCUCUACAGAAAAUAUUGAGGAUGAGAACCAGCGUUUUGAACGAAUUGAUGAAACAAUAGAGAGUCUUCUGAAAUCCCCCCUUAAAACAUCUGAAAAGGUACAGCAGUUUGAGAACCAUUGCGUUCUCCUGGAAGCCUUGCAAGGAUCGAUCAGUGCGGGAGUUCCUUUUGAAAACGCCUCCCUCGACAGGAAUGUAAUAUUAUCAAUACUUCGACGUUCCACCCUUAACUUUUCAACAAUAUAUAAGCUUGUCUACCAAUUCCCUCCACCUCAAGAAACAAACGACCCUGAAGAUGAAUUGACGGAGGAUUAUUGUGAUCCAAAUGCCGAUGUGCUAAAAAAGUGGAACGAACCCCUGAUUGGUGAACUUCUUCAGUGUAUUCAAGUGGCUGGAAUCGCUGAGAGUUGGCUGGAAGUGUUGGAUUUGCAGCCGAAGGAGGAGGAACUAGUGCUGAUCCUGUCGGAGAAAGUUCAAAGCUUUAUGGGCAAUAGUAGUGACCUGGUUGGAAUAGUCAAAGAGCGUAUUCAGCAAGAUGCAGUACAACAGUCCAGCGUAAUAGCAUGUCGACUUCUGGGUUACUUUACUUUUUGUCCUCAAUAUGCAGCUUUCGAAGAGAGUGCCUUCAUUUUGCUGCACGAAGAUCUGUCCGAAUCUUUGGUGACGCAGGGAGCGCUCAAAACCUAUGUUAUGGCACUACAGUUUCUUUUACCAAAGCUCUCUCAAAAAGCAAUCAGUCUCAAUUCGGCCAUAAUGAGAACCGAACCACCGGAGAUUUGGGUUAAGGCAGCAGUGUUUAAUGCUCUACUCCUGAAUAAUUUCGAAGCCGAAGUGAAUGACCAAACAGAUCGCAAUAUCAUUGUAUCAGCCGUGCAGUUUUUGACCAGUAUAGGAGAGAAGCAGGCCAGUCAAAAGGAUUUACUACUUUACAACGUAGAAAUAUACAAGCAACCCUAUGAAUCAGUUAUAAAUGCCGUGGAGUUUAUAAAACUUCUAACUGAAGUUUUAAAAAGGUUCCCUUACGAGUUGAGCAUAAAGAACUGGGAUGCCAUUCGUAUUGGUCUUAGUUCUUGGGUGCUCUCAGUUUCCAAAUCGAUAGCUCAAUUUAAAGACCCAAAGACUUCUCUUUUCGUUGUGGCUGUAUAUCAGUUGUUCGCCGCCUUGAUUAAAUUCAUACGCUCCGAGAAGCAGAAGAGUUCCACAGAGUUACUCAAAAACGUGAUCGAUGAAUGGGAAUCCCUGUUUGCCAAGGAAGUCAAUGUAGUGCUGUUUAAGUCAUAUUAUCAGUUGACCCACGAGACAAGUGUGCACCCAGGGUUCCAGGCCUGUUAUGAGGCUAUACUGGAACGCCUAACGCCGACCUUAGAGCUCUUAGAUUAUAGUUUUGUUUAUUCGUUCUACAAGUCAAAUAGUAAUACAACUUUAGACCACCUCUGCAAUUUCUUGUUGAAGCAGUUAUACAGUUCCCAGCACUCGGUUAGACUAAGUGCUGUACACUCCCUCCGCCAAUUAACCCCACACUUCGUUGCCGACGACAUUGAGUUGAAUGAAAAGCAAAGCGAGAGUCUAGACGCAACCAACACAAUCUCUAAAUGGCACUUUCUCAAUCGAUUUGAGGACUACCUGACACGCUACGACAUCCUGAUACAAAAAUACCUGGAGGAGUUCACUUUCAAGCUGUCGGAGCUGGAAGAUCUAGAACCCAUUAACAGACACGAUGCACUAAGCUACCUUUUCUUAUGGGAUUGCAUAAUCAAUGCUUGCGCUAAAUCCCCGGUUGCAUUGCGAGCGGUUUACACCAACUGGCUAAAUGAUAACAAAUAUGAAGAGAAUUUUCUACAUUUCCUCUUUCGCGCAAUGCCAGUAGAUAUUCUGAAGAAUCACGGGGCCAAGGUUCACAGCAACGGAGUUUACAAAGAGCUUACUUGGACUCAAAUGAAGGACCGUCAGUUACCCUUGGAGCGAUAUGUCUGUCACUUAUAUACGGAGGUCCUCCGGAAGCUACCGGCCGUGGUGCGCAGAUGGUGGAAUACCACUCAGUCCAGGCAAAAGAACUUCGUGGACAACCUCACCACCAACUAUGUGAGUUCGCUGAUUUGCAGUGAGGAGCUCAAGGCGAUCGCUAAUCGCAAGGAGAAACACGAAAAUAUGCAGGUCACCGUUCACUCCUCCACCCGAGAAGUGCUAGCAGUCUAUGCUAUCGAUGAGGCCCGUAUGGAGCUGGUCAUAACGCUGGCCCCCAAUUAUCCGCUGGGAGCUGUAAAGGUCGAAUGCGGCAAACAAAUUGGUGGAAGGGCUUCCUCCCGAAAUGUGGGAAUGCAGUUGACCAUCUUCUUGACACAUCAGAAUGGCACCAUAUACGACGGCCUGACUAUGUGGAAAAAUAAUCUGGACAAGAAGUUCGAGGGCGUAGAGGAGUGCUAUGUCUGUUAUACAGUCAUUCAUCAGGACACUUGCCAGCUGCCCAAGCUCACCUGCAAAACCUGCAAGAAGAAAUUCCACGGACCUUGUUUGUAUAAAUGGUUCACCACCAGCAGCAAGUCAACAUGCCCCAUUUGUCGUAACGUCUUCUAGAUGGGUGUACAUAUAAAUACCAAUAUAAUUAUUAGUUGACGACACGUAUUAAGCAAAAGGCACAACCAAACCAUUCGAUAGGCAAUAGUUUCUGGUCUCUCAAAUUGUAAAUCAGCAAUAAUAAUAAAUUCAUACAACGUUGAA